AUGCCAAGGCGUAACAUACUAAGACCUCGGUCUCGAUGUAGUGCCUGCGUAGUCUCAAAUAGAGGAUGUAAUUCACAGUGCAUCUUUGAUCCUUACUUUCGUUGUGAGGAUGGUAUUACUCGUUUUAUUGCCAUCCGUGAUGUUUUUACUAUUAGAAAUGUCGCCAGCCUUCUAGCUUCGCUUCCAGUCAGAGACCGAUUUUGGGCUUCUGAUACAUUCGUCUUUGAAGCUCAAGUCCGGCUUCAGGAUCCCGUCUAUGGUUGUGUAUCCCACAUUCUAGUCCUUCAACAGCAGGUUAGUGAUUUGCAAGCUUAUCGAACUUAUUUGCAAGAUUCACUAUCCGCACAUUAUUUUUCACAUCCCCAACUUAUUCCUCAACCUGAUCAAUACCCAAGCUGGAAUUUUGAUCUUCCCAUCAUCCCAGAGAACGUCCCUGAUCCUAGUUUUCCAGAGCUUACUCUUCCACCUUACCCUGGCGAAGCCAGCAGUAGCCAAAUGCCACCCCCAGAUGACAUCGAUGAGUUGAGACCUGUCAUGUUUGACAACCAUCGUCGUCCGUGA